GAGGACCGAGAGGAAACCGACAACAACGAGUACACAAGAGAAGAGACCCAGAAUAUAUAAUAAAGGCUUCCUUCCCAUGAACAAAGUUGGAGAUUAGUUCCCUCCCUGAUCUAUGCUGCUCGCAUUCUUCUCUCCGUGGAUUUUGAUGCACUCGAUCUAGUCGAUAUAUUCAGCUGGUCAUUUAUCUUCUUCCCCUUCCACAACAGAGAGAUAGAGAGGGAAAGGGGGGGCGGGGGUGAUGGGGAGUACAUAUAGGAUAUGCAUGUGUUUCACGAGGAGAUUUAGGGUAACGGAGGCGGAGCCUCCGCCGGACGUCAAGGAGGCAUUCCGGAAGUACUCGGAAGGAGGAACGCACAUGACGGCGGAGCAGCUCCGGCGGUUCCUGGCGGAGGUCCAGGGCGAGUCCGCCUCCGCCGCCUCCGCCGAGCGGAUAGUGGAGCAGGUCCUCCACAAGCGCCACCAUAUUGCCAAGUUCACCAGGCACACUCUCACUCUCGACGAUUUCCACCACUUCCUCUUCUCGCCCGACCUCAACUCCCCCAUCGGAUCUCAGGUUCACCAUGACAUGAGUGCUCCAUUGUCCCAUUACUUCAUCUACACGGGGCAUAAUUCUUAUUUGACUGGAAACCAGCUCAGCAGUGAUUGCAGUGAUGUCCCAAUUAUAAAGGCACUGAAAAGAGGCGUGAGGGUGAUAGAACUUGAUAUAUGGCCCAAUUCCACAGGAGAUGAUGUCCAUGUUCUGCACGGAAGGACUCUGACAACUCCUGUGGAACUCAGAAAAUGUUUGAAGUCCAUCAAGGAUAAUGCUUUUUUUGCUUCUCCAUACCCUGUCAUAAUAACCCUAGAAGAUCAUCUCAAUCCAGUUCUUCAGGCUAAAGUAGCACAGAUGCUCACCCAAACAUUUGAAGAUAUGUUGUUUUACCCUGAAUCAGACCUUCAGGAAUUCCCUUCUCCAGAAGAAUUGAAGUAUCGAGUGAUCAUUUCAACCAAACCUCCAAAAGAGUACCUUGAAACUGAUACUUUCAAAGGAAGCAAGUCACAGAAUGAGAAGGAUUCUAAUGAAGAUAUAUGGGGUACAGAACCAUCAUACCUGACAACCAAUCAAGAAGAUAAUGAUAAAAAUGAUAAUGAUAAGAAUGACCACAACCUAGAUGACGAUGAUGACGAUGAUUUUGAUAAAAAUUCACAUCAAUGUGAACCACCUGUGUACAAGCGUCUAAUUGCUAUUCAUGCUGGGAAACCUAAAGGUGGACUAAAGGAGGCACUGAAAAUUGAAAGUUGUAAAGUUAGACGCCUUAGUUUGAGCGAGCAAGCACUUGAAAAGGCUGCUAAAGUAUGUGGAAUGGAUGUUGUAAGGUUCACUCAGAAGAAUAUUCUGAGAGUGUACCCCAAAGGUACUAGGUUUACAUCCACCAAUUACAAGCCUCAAGUUGGUUGGAUGCAUGGAGCUCAAAUGGUUGCAUUUAACAUGCAGGGAUAUGGUAGAGCAUUAUGGUUGAUGCAUGGGAUGUUUCGAUCAAAUGGGGCAUGUGGUUAUGUGAAGAAGCCUGAUCUUUUGAUGACAAAGGGACCACAUGAUGAGGUGUUUAAUCCUAAAGCCAAGUUGCAAGUGAAGAAAACUUUAAAGGUUAAAAUAUAUAUGGGUGAUGGAUGGCACUUGGAUUUUAAGCAAACUCACUUUGAUUUGUACUCACCGCCUGACUUCUACACAAGGGUUGGAAUUGCCGGGGUGCCUGAUGACGAGAUAAUGAAGAAAACGAAUAAAAAAGAGGACAACUGGACGCCUGUUUGGGAUGAAGAGUUCACUUUCCCAUUAACUGUUCCUGAAUUGGCUGUACUUAGAAUUGAAGUACACGAGUAUGACAUGUCUGAGACAGAUGAUUUUGCCGGCCAAACUUGCUUGCCUGUUUCCGAACUGAGGGAAGGGAUUCGUGCAGUCCCCCUUUUUAGCGACAGAGGAGAGGCGUACAACUCAGUGAGGCUUCUCAUGCGCUUUGAGUUUGUUUGAAAUGUUGCUGACUUUCACAUCUCUGUUGCUCGAAAUUCCCCCACGUCUGGCUCUUUACGGUUGUGUAUGCUAAUGUGGUGUGGUUGCUUUUCAAUCCUUUACUUUUGGCCUACAGAGCUUCUGUUAUCACUUAAUACAUGAUAUUUUUGUAUGUAUACCCUUUUAUUUGGGAGUUGUGUAUCAGUGUAUAUACUAAUAAACCAUCAGAGCCGAGCUCUCUGUUUGACUUUCCAGCA